AUGGCCGGGGCGGCGGCGCAGCAGCAGCAGAAGGGUGGUGAUGGUGGUGGUGGUGUGGUGAGGGUCGGCGGCGGAGGGCCGGCGCCGUUCCUGACCAAGACGCACCAGAUGGUGGAGGAGCGCGGGACGGACGAGGUGAUCUCGUGGAGCGAGCACGGGCGGUCGUUCGUGGUGUGGAAGCCCGUGGAGCUCGCCCGCGACCUCCUCCCGCUCCACUUCAAGCACUGCAACUUCUCCUCCUUCGUCCGCCAGCUCAACACCUACGGUUUUCGGAAGGUGGUGCCGGACCGGUGGGAGUUCGCAAACGAGAACUUCCGGCGAGGCGAGCAAAGCCUCCUCUCCGGCAUCCGUCGCCGCAAGGCUACGGCGACGACGACUCCCCAGUCCUCGAAAACCUGCGGAACCGGCGUAAACGUCGCGUUCCCUCGGCCGCUGCCCGUUCUGCCUCCCGCGUCUGUCAGCACGUCCGGCACCGGCAACGACCACAGCACCUCCUCGGCGUCCUCGCCGACGCGCCCGGAUCUCAGCAGCGAGAACGAGCAGCUCAGGAAGGACAACCACGCGCUGGCAGCGGAGCUGGCCCUGGCGCGGAGGCACUGCGAGGAGCUCCUGGGCUUCCUCUCCCGCUUCCUGGACGUCAGGCAGCUGGACCUGCGUCUGCUGAUGGACGGAGACAUGCAAGGCGCGGCCGGCGGCGCACGCUCGGCGGACCAAGAGCACUGCUGCGAGAAGAAGGUGAAGCUGUUCGGCGUGAUCCUCAAGGACGCGUCGGCGAGGAAGAGGGGCCGGUGCGACGAGGCGGCGGCCAGCGAGCGGUCGAUGAAGAUGACGAGGAUCGGGGAGCCGUGGGUCGGCGUCCCGUCAUCCUGCCCGGCGCGUUGCGGCGGCGGGAACUGA